AUGGCUGACAUUUUUAACUCCUCACUCACCUGGGCAACAGUUCCCACCUACCCGAAAAAUGCCACCAUCAUUCCAGUCCCAAAGCGCUCUACAGCGACUGGUCUAACUGACUAUCGGCCAGGUCCACUAAUGCCUCCCCCCUCACUGAUGCUUGACAGAGCCGAUGCAGGCUGGAAUGAGAUGUGCAACUGGCCCAGAUAUGACAGAGAAACAGACAACGCUGAGGUCUUCUGCCCAUCCCUCCUGGAUAUUCGACAUGUUGUUGGCAAUCUCAAUGCCUUUGAUUAUGGUGGACAGAAAACUUUACCCCCGCUCCUGUCAGGAGUUCCAGCUCAUCUCCUCCGGGCACCUGUGCUGCCCCUCCGGCGGAAACGUCGUCGUUACCGCGGUAAACGUGGAGGACAGCUGGUGAAACUAAAGAUCUGCCUGGCCCGUUCUACGUCCAUUUCUCAGACAAGAAAUGGAUUAUUUCCGUCUUUCUCUGUGCCUUGGCGGUUUCUGGAUCCUGUUGACAGCUACCUGCUACCUGUCACCGGCCUGGAUGCGGGCGUUCGCCCCCACCACUCCUGCUUCUCUCGGCUCCACCGGCGUGGAGUGAACCUGCAGAGCCUGAAGACGCUGCACAGGGCCCUAGCGCCCGUCAGGUUACAUGCUGUGGUUUCUGCCAGGAUUGGCCUGGUGAACACCAGAUCUCUGACAAACAAAACUUUCAUCCUGCGGGACUUUUUCAGUUCCCGUCAUUUGGAUUUGCUCUGCAUCACAGAGACCUGGGUUGAGGCUGAUGACUCCAGUGUUUUUGUUGAACUUCUACCAGACGGCUGCUCUUAUCUAAGCUCCCCUCGGAUGUCAGGCCGUGGAGGAGGAACGGCAGUGGUUUAUAAAAACAACUUUAAAUGCAAGCAAUGCUCUGCACCAUCUUCAUUCUCCAGCUUCGAGGUGACUUUAUUUGAGGUGGGUCGCUCACACGCCGUGCUGUGCGCUGUCAUCUACAGAACCCCUAAAUAUAAUAAGGAUUUCUUGAAUGACUUUUCUGAUUUCCUGACUGGAAUAAUGAUAAACUAUGAUCGAGUGCUUAUUGUUGGGGAUUUUAACAUACAUGUAUGCUGCCCAGAGAAACCACUGGUGAAGGACUUUCUCAGCCUCACUGACUCAUUUAACCUGGUUCAGUGGGUGGCUGGUCCCACACAUGAAUAUGGACACACGUUGGACCUGGUUCUCUCUCACGGCUUGUCUGUGAACGACCUGGAACUAUAUGAUAAUGUGAUUUCUGACCAUAGGCCUGUUUUAUUUGAUGUUGAGGAUGUAGUCGGCCAUAUUAGACCAUCAGGUUCUCCUCGUGACCUUGUCCCCCCUCGUCUUUUAAAAGAGGUAUUUUCCAGCAUCAGGCAGAUGAUUCUUGCCGUUAUCAAUAGCAGUCUGUCCUCAGGUGUUGUCCCAAUAAGUUUUAAACAUGCUGUGGUGCAGCCCCUGCUUAAAAAGCCUAGCCUAGACCAAACUGUCUUGGCUAAUUUUAGGCCCAUCUCCAAGCUGCCUUUUAUUUAAAAAAUUUUAGAAAAAAUUGUAUAUUCACAGGUCAAAUGUUUUCUGGAUGAGCACAAUAUCCUGGAGGUUUUUCAGUCUGUCUUCAAAACUCACCACAGCACAGAAUCAGCUCUAGUCAGAGUUUUUAAUGAUAUUUUUAUGGCUACUGAUUCUGGUGAACAUGUGGUUCUUGUCCUGCUCGACCUAACAGCUGCCUUUGAUACCGUGGACCAUAACAUUUUAAUAUCACGCUUACAGCGCCAAGUGGGUAUUUGUGGUACUGCACUGAGCUGGUUUAGGUCCUAUCUGGCAGACAGAACCAUGUCUGUCAACAUAGCUGGGUCUGAAUCCUCCACUGCUCCUCUGUGUUUUGGGGUUCCACAGGGCUCUAUUUUAGGUCCCCUGCUUUUCUCCCUUUACCUGCUUCCAUUGGGAUCAAUCCUUAGAAAGCAUGGGAUCUUUUUUCAUUGUUACGCUGACGACAGUCAGAUCUAUAUGCCACUUAAAAAGAAAGAUGCCCCCUCAAUUAGGCCACUUCUGUUGUGUCUUGAAGACAUCAAAGCCUGGAUGUCUUUAAACUUCUUAAAUUUCAAUGAAAAGAAAACAGAAGUGAUGGUGUUUGAUCCUAGUGGCUCUUGUGAACCUUGCCCUGUUGAUCUGGGCCCUCUGGCACCACAUGUAAAGAAAACUAUUUCUAACUUGGGUUUUAAAAUGGACAGUGAUUUUAAAUUAGAGUCCCAGAUUGGAGCGGUGGUCAAGACCAGUUUUUAUCACCUCAGACAGCUGGCUAAGGUAAAGACCAUCCUUACAAAACAGCAGCUGGAAACAGUAAUCCAUGCCUUCGUCACCUCUCGGCUGGAUUACUGUAACGCUCUUUACCUUGGAGUUAACCAGUCCUCCCUCAGACGCCUCCAGUUGGUCCAGAACGCUGCUGCUUGGCUUCUAACUGGAGUUCAAAAAAGGGAGCACAUCACCCCCACUCUGGCUUCACUCCACUGGCUGCCUGUUCAUUUUAGAGUUCAUUUUAAGAUUAUUUUAUUUGUUUUUAAAAGUUUAAAUGGUCUUGCUCCAUCCUACCUCUCUGAGCUGCUUCACCCAUACUCUCCUGCUCGGUGCCUCAGAUCAGCUGAUCAGCUGCUCCUGGAGGUGCCGAGGUCUAAGCGGAGGCUCAGAGGGGACAGAGCUUUUUCUGUUGCUGCUCCAAGACUGUGGAAUGAUCUCCCUCUUCCCAUCAGACAAGCCCCUUCACUGUCCAGUUUUAAAACUCUUUUAAAAACACAUUUUUACUCCCUGGCU